CCAAGAAAACCGCAGGUGCACAGCCGCUGUGCCCAAUUCCAAUCGUCCCCUCCCCACAACUAACCUUCCCCUCCCCCACCGCCGGCGCCCGGCGAUCGCCGGCAUCAGAGCGAUGGAUCUCCGGUCCACGUGAUGGAUCCUCCAGCGCCCUCGCCGCGGGCCGCCGCCGGCGAAGGGGCGGAUCCAGCGGAGAGGAGCCAGCGGCGGCCCAGGUCCGCCGUCCGCGGCGCCCUCGGGGUGGUCUUCACCAUCGCGGCGUCAUUCCUCUUCUCCUUCCUCGUCGGGAUCGCCGGGCUCGCGCUCGGCGGCCUUUCCUCUACUGCCUCCGUCUCCAUGCCCUCCACCUGCCGCAUCCUCUCCACCGCUGUUGAUCUUAGGUCAUCAAAAGUUUGCGAGCUUGGAUUGUUGAAAUAUAGAGCUAAGCAUAUCUUUUACCCAUCGAGUAAUAGGAGAUUCCGCUGCCAUGAUGAUUACUACUGGACUUCAAUUUUCCAGGUUGAAUACACAGAAUAUUUUUCUGGCCAAAUAUCUUAUGCAGUGGCAGAGUCCCCGAAAGAGGCUCUUCCUUACAAUUGCCGACCUGAUUUUUGUGUUGCAUGGUCAACAACAUUGAAGUUCAAGGUCAAUGAAUCGUACAGCUGCAGAUAUACACUAGGCAGUAACAAAGCUGAUAUUCACUCGGACAAACUAUUCAAUUGUACCGCCGAGGAACCUUCAACAAGGGAGAUGCUCAAAAGGAUACUUAUACUGUUUUCAGAGUCAUAUAUGUCAGAAGAUUUCAGUUCAGAACGAAUGCUUGGAUAUGUAGCAGCAGGUGUUGUGCUUGGCAUGUUGAGUUCUAUGUUCAUCACCAUCUUAUUGAGAAGCUUCUAUGGAUUGCUCCUUGCUGCCGCCAGGUGGGCUGUAAGGAAGCAUAGCAUCAGAGUAUUUGCUGGUCGGGUUAAGCGUGCCUGUCUUCUUGUUGCAUAUGUAUCUGCUGUUGGCUGGAUUACUUUGCAGUACAGCAAAUUUAUCGGAUUGAAAGAACUCUUGUUGGAUUCUGAACUCUUGGAGAGGUUCUUUUAAACUGUAGAUGAAUGUGACAGUGUAUAUUGUACCUGUAACACCAGCCGAUUCUUGUGGAAGAGAUCUUUUCGUUUGAUCUGAAA